UUAUGUUUUUUUCCAAUUAAAAUAUUGCAUGGCGCCUAGAACAACUAACGAAGCAGUCUAGUUUCUGAGCAAACUCAUUCAAAACUUUUACCAUGUUGAAUAAAAUGUUGUAUAACACUGUUUUAUCUCAGACUUUAUCGCCGUGUGGUAAAUAUUUAGUGGCCGGCAAUACUUAUGGAGAUCUUGCUGUAUUUGACCUAGAUCGUAUUUUAAAUCCAGUACUAGAAUUAUUAUCUGUUGAAUACAACAAACCAAAACAUAUACAUUCUAUAGAUUCAAAAAAACAGAUUUGUAGUCUAGUUUCAACGGAAAAAUUCCUUAUAAUUGGUACCGUUAAUGAAAUAUGCGGAUGGGACUGGAAGGCUGUUGUUUCUGUUAAAUUAUUAAAACCUGUAUGGAGCAUAAAGAUUCCUUCCCAAACUUUUUUGGACUACAACGAUGUGAACUGCAUGUGGCUAUCUCAAGACAGUGAGAAGCUGUAUGCUGGUUGUGGAGACAAUAAUGUGUAUGUGUUUAAUUUGGAAGAUGGGAGCCUUAUUUCAACUUAUAAGGGGCAUAAUAAUUUUAUUCAUUCUAUUCAUGGAAAAAACCAACAGAUUAUUUCAGCAGGCGAAGAUGGUUUGGUUAUGCUUUGGGAUACUAGAAGUGGAAAAUCACACAAUAAAUUGGAACCGCACACUAAUAAUAAGGUCAGUAGACCUGAUAUUGGCAAGUGGAUUGGCUCAGCAGCUCUUGGAGAUGACUGGAUUGUAUGCGGUGGUGGACCUCGAUUGUCUCUGUGGCACCUUCGUUCAUUAGAUGCAGUGACAGUCUUUGACAUUCCAGACAAUGGGAUUCAUGUGUCAUUCUUUCAUGAUGACUGUGUGUUUGCCGGUGGUACUUCUAAACAUUUUUACCAAAUGAGCUACUCGGGUGAGGUGAGAGUAGAACUACCAGUGUCUGCCACGACCAUAUACAGUGCGGUACUAAGAACUGAAUACAGCACCCUGUUAAGUUUAGCCGGUUCCAGUCCAGAAAUAGAUUUGUGCACAUCUCUUAAUUACAAAGAUCAAGUUUUACAUUUUCGAUAGUUAUAAGUAUACUUAGGUGGAAAAAAUUAAAUGAAAUGAAAUCGA